AUGGUGAAACCUGAGUCAUCUGAAGAUGGUGCCAGUGCCAAAGAACUGGAGAAGGAGCUGUUGACAAGCCAGGGUGGUGAGGAGCUGGUUGAGCCUUUACCCUUGGCUUGGGCAGAGAAAGUGUUGUUUUUGCGGACUUUUAUGCACUGCUACACCUGGACAUUUUACCACUGGUUGUUUAAUUUCCGAUGGCCUAGGUUUCUGGUGACAGCCCCAGGGAUCGUCAGGCCUGGAGGAAAUGUGACUAUUGGGGUGGAGCUUCUGGAACACAGCCCCUCCCAGGUCACUGUGAAGGCCGAGUUGGUCAAGAUAGCAGCCAACCUCACUGUCUCUGUCCUGGAAACAGAAGGAGUCUUUGAAAAAGGCUCUUUCAAGACACUUAUUCUUCCAUCACUACCUCUGAACAGUGCAGACGGGAUUUAUGAGCUGCAUGUAACUGGACGGGCCCAGGAUGAGAUUUUAUUCUCUAAUAGUACGCGCUUAUCGUUUGAGACCAAGAGAAUGACUGUCUUCAUUCAAACAGACAAGUCUCUAUACAAGCCAAAGCAGGAAGUGAAGUUUCGUAUUGUUACACUCUUCUCAGAUUUUAAACCUUAUAAAACUUCUUUAAACAUUCUAAUUAAGGACCCCAAGUCAAAUUUGAUCCAACAGUGGUUGUCAGAACAAAGUGAUCUUGGCGUUGUUUCCAAAACUUUUCAAUUGUCGUCCCAUCCAAUACUUGGUGACUGGUCCAUUCAAGUUCAAGUGAAUGACCAGACAUAUUAUCAAUCAUUUCAGGUUUCAGAAUAUGUAUUGCCCAAAUUUGAAGUUACUUUGCAGACACCAUUAUAUUGUUCUUUGAAUUCUAGGAGCUUAAAUGGUACUGUCGUAGCAAAGUACACAUAUGGGAAGCCAGUGAAAGGAGAUGUAACACUUACAUUUUUACCUUUAUCCUUUUGGGGCAUGAAGAAAAAUAUUACAAAAAAUUUUAAGAUAAAUGGAUCUGCAAACUUCUCUUUUAAUGAUGAAGAGAUGAAAAAAGUAAUGGAUUUUUCAGAAGGGCUUUCUGAACACAUGUAUCUGUCUUCCCCUGGGCCGGUAGAAAUUUUAGCCACAGUGACAGAAUCACUUACAGGUAUCUCAAGAAAUGCAAGUUCUAAUGUAUUUUUCAAGCAACAUGAUUACAUCAUUGAAUUUUUUGAUUAUGCUACUGUCUUGAAGCCAUCUCUCAACUUCACAGCAACUGUAAAGGUAGCCCGUGCUGAUGGCAAUCGACUGACUUUUGAAGAAAGAAGAAAUAAUGUGGUUAUAACAGUGACACAGAAAAAUUCUUCUGAGUACUGGAGCAGAUGGGACAGUAGAAACCAGGCAACAGAAGCUGUCCAGAUCAUAAAUUAUACCCUCCCCCAAAAUGGAGUCUUUAAGAUUGAAUUCCCAAUCCUGGAUGAUUCCAGUGAGCUACAGUUGAAGGCCUCUUUUCUUAAUAGUGUGAGUAGCAUGGCAGUUCAUGGUAUGUUUAAGUCUCCCAGUAAGACAUACAUCCAGCUAAAGACAAGAGAUGAAAAUAUAAAGGUGGGAUCACCUUUUGAGUUGGUGGUUAGUGGCAACAAGCGAUUAAAGGAGUUAAGCUAUAUGGUAGUAUCCAGGGGACAGUUGGUGGCUGCAGGCAAGCAAAAUUCAACAACCUUCUCUUUAACACCAGAAAAUUCUUGGGCUCCAAAAGCCUGUAUUAUUGUGUAUUAUAUUGAAGAUGAUGGGGAAAUUAUAAAUGAUGUUCUAAAGAUUCCUGUUCAGCUUGUUCUUAAAAAUAAGAUAAAGCUGUUUUGGAGUAAAGCUCAUGCUGAACCAUCUGAGAAAGUCUCUCUCAGGAUCUCUGUGACACAGCCAGACUCGACAGUUGGUAUUGUAGCUGUUGACAAAACCGUGAAUCUGAUGAAUGUCUCAAAUGAUAUUACAAUGGAAAAUGUGGUCCAUGAGUUGGAACUUUAUAACACAGGAUAUUAUUUAGGCAUGUUCAUGAAUUCUUUUGCAGUUUUUCAGGAAUGUGGCCUCUGGGUAUUGACAGAUGCAAACCUUUUGAAGGAUUACAUUGAUGGUGUUUAUGACAGCGUAGAAUUUGCUGAGAGGUUUGCAGAGGAAACAGAAGGAUACUUGGUAGAUUUUCAUGACUUCUCUUCGGUUAGCAACCCACGUAUCAGAAAGCAUUUUCCAGAGACUUGGAUUUGGCUAGACACCAACAUGGGUUCUAGGAUUUACCAAGAAUUUGAAGUUACUGUGCCUGAUUCUAUCACUUCUUGGGUAGCCACUGCUUUCGUGAUCUCUGAAGACUUAGGUCUUGGACUAACAAGUACUCCAGUGGAGCUACAAGCCUUCCAACCAUUUUUCAUUUUUUUGAAUCUUCCCUACUCUGUUAUCAGAGGUGAAGAAUUUGCUUUGGAAGUAACCAUAUUCAAUUAUUUGAAAGAUGCCACUGAGGUUAAAGUAAUCAUUGAGAAAAGUGACAAAUUUGAUAUUCUAAUGGCUUCAAAUGAAAUAAAUGCCACAGGACACCAGCAGACCAUUCUGGUCCCCAGUGAGGAUGGGGCAACUGUUCUUUUCCCGGUCAAGCCCACGCAUCUGGGGGAAAUUCCUAUCACAGUCACAGCCGUUUCACCUGCUGCUUCUGAUGCUGUCACCCAGAGGAUUUUAGUAAAGGCUGAAGGAAUAGAAAAAUCAUUUUCACAAUCUAUCUUGUUAGACUUGACUGACAACAAGUUACAAACUCCCCUGAAAACUUUGAGUUUCUCAUUUCCUCCCAACACAGUGAGUGGUAGUGAACGAGUUCAGAUCACUGCAAUUGGAGAUAUCCUCGGUUCUUCCAUCAAUGGCUUAGCCUCAUUGAUUCGGAUGCCUUAUGGCUGUGGUGAACAGAACAUGAUAAAUUUUGCUCCCAAUAUUUAUGUUUUGGAUUACCUGACUAAAAAGAGACAACUGACAGAAAACUUAAAAGAAAAAGCCCUUUCAUUUAUGAGGCAAGGUUAUCAGAGAGAACUUCUCUAUCAGAGGGAAGAUGGCUCUUUCAGUGCUUUUGGGAAUGAUGACCCUUCUGGGAGUACUUGGUUGUCAGCUUUUGUUCUAAGAUGUUUCCUUGAAGCUGAUCCGUACAUAGAUAUUGAUCAGAAUGUGUUACACAGAACAUAUACGUGGCUCAAAGGACGUCAGAAAUCCAAUGGUGAAUUUUGGGAGCCAGGAAGAGUGAUCCAUAGUGAGCUUCAAGGUGGCAAUAAAAGUCCAGUAAUGCUUACAGCUUAUAUUGUGACUUCUCUCCUGGGAUAUAAAAAGUAUCAGCCUAAUAUUGAUGUACAAGAGUCUAUCAACUUUUUGGAGUCUGAAUUUAAUAGAGGAAUUUCAGACAAUUAUACUCUAGCUCUUAUAACUUAUGCGCUGUCAUCCGUGGGAAGCCCUAAAGCCAAGGAAGCUUUGAAUAUGCUGACUUGGAGAGCAGAACAAGAAGGAGGCAUGCAGUUCUGGGUGUCAUCAGAGUCUAAACUUUCUGAAUCCUGGCAACCACGUUCCCUGGAUAUUGAAGUUGCCGCCUACGCACUGCUCUCACACUUCUUGCAGUAUCAGGUGUCUGAGGGAAUCCCGAUUAUGAGGUGGCUGAGCCGGCAAAGAAAUAGCUUGGGAGGUUUUGCAUCUACCCAGGACACCAUUGUAGCCUUGAAGGCCCUAUCUGAAUUUGCAGCUCUAAUGAACACAGACAGGACAAACAUCCAAGUGACUGUGAUGGGGCCCAGUUCACCAAGUCCUGUAAAGUUUCGGAUUGACACACAGAAUCGCUUUCUCCUCCAGACGGCAGAGCUUGCUGUGGUACAGCCAACUGCAGUUAAUAUUUCCGCAAGUGGUUUUGGAUUUGCUAUUUGUCAGUUUAAUGUGAUUUAUAAUGUGAAAGAUUCGGGUUCCCCAAGAAGACGAAGAUCUAUUCAAGACCAAGAAGCUUUUGAUUUAGACGUUGCUGUAAAAGACAAUAAAGAUGAUACCAAUCACUUGAAUUUGAAUGUGUGCACAAGGUUUUUGGGCCCGGCUAGAAGCGGCAUGGCCCUUAUGGAAGUGAACCUCCUCAGUGGUUUCACUGUGCCUUCCGAUGCAAUUCCUCUGAGCCAGACUGUGAGGAAAGUAGAACAUGAUCAGGGAAAAGUCAACUUAUAUUUAGAUUCUGUAAAUGAAACCCAGAUUUGUGUGGAUAUUCCUGCUGUGAGAAACUUUAAAGUUUCCAAUACACAAGAUGCUUUGGUGUCCAUCAUGGAUUACUAUGAACCAAGGAGACAAGCGGUGAGGAGUUACAACUCGGAAGUGAAGCUGUCCUCUUGCGACCUCUGUGGGGACGUCCGCGGAUGUGGGCCUUGCGAGAGAGGAGCUACAGCUUCCCUUUACCCCGCUCCAGUCACUGUGGGGCUCGGUGUCAUGCUGCUGUUCCCUUUGCAGGGUUGGCUGUGA